UCCAUCAAAAUUACCGGCCGCGGCGGUUGCGCCAAAUAUUGUGGUACAGCUCCAUCACCCGGCAACAUUUCAUUCUCCAGCUUACGCCAAUCCUUUACCUCCAAUGUCAACUACCUGAAACGGAGAGAGUCUGGCGCGUACGAGCGUCAAGUGUAUCCGGGCGAAAGAUUAAAAGAAAUUCGGUUCUCGUCAGGAGAUUUGAGCUCGGAGCUCGACGAUGAACCGAAUACGGAAUCCGGGCUGGCCUCCGUGGCGCGGCAGGACUCGUCUCAGCCGUAUCAGGCGGUUCCAGAUCGGCCAUUACAAUCUCAGCCGGCGCCGCUCCCACCGAGUAAUCAACCGCCGAUUCCAGGAGCACCGCCAGCUGGACCACCUCAACCGAUCGGCGGUGAUCUCAGCUUAAACUUGAGACCAGGAUCGAGGACUACCAGCGCACCUUCCUCGCCAGCCAAAAGCCGAGAAAGUUUGUUGCAAAGAGUUCAGAGUCUUACCGGAGCUGCCAGAGAUCAGGGUGCCUCCAUUCUGGGAGCAGCAGUUUCGGGCGCCACGAGAGGACCCACCUACAGCAAGGAUCGAUGCUUCACUCUCUUAGUGAUAGACGAUCAGAAUACCGACUGGAGCAAAUAUUUUCGAGGUCGAAGGCUACACGGGGAUUAUGAGAUACGCGUGGAGCAAGCGGAAUUCCGAGAAAUGUCCCUCACGGCGAACGAAGCAGGCAGUACCGUGUCUAUGGCAGUUUAUCGUAAUGGUACUAAAGUCAUCAGAUCUUUCAAGCCGGAUUUCGUGCUGAUUCGUCAGAAUUUGCGAGAUGCUGAUGAGGAUUACAAGAACCUUCUCCUUGGUCUGAUGUACGGUGGCAUUCCUAGCGUUAACAAUCUUACCGCGAUUUACAACUUUCAGGACAAACCAUGGGUAUUCGCGCAUUUAUUGGCUCUCCAACGUCGCUUGGGCAAAGAUAAUUUCCCCCUGAUCGAGCAGACUUACUACCCGAAUCAUCGUGAAAUGGUGAGCGCUUCGCGAUUCCCCGUAGUAAUGAAAUUAGGACACGCCCACGGAGGUAUUGGCAAGGCUCGCGCCGAAACAAAUCAAGAUUUCUUGGAUCUCGCAUCUUUGGCAGCAUUGACGAAUACCUAUUGCACCGCGGAGCCGUACGUUGACACCAAAUUCGACGUGCACGUGCAGAAAAUCGGAAAUAAUUACAAGGCCUUCCUACGAAAAAGCAUAACUGGAAAUUGGAAAUCGAACACGGGUUCGGCGAUGUUGGAGCAAGUGCCGGUGAGCGAGCGACAUCGCGUCUGGAUCGACAACGUGUCUCAACUUUUUGGAGGUUUGGAUAUUUGCGCGAUCGAGCUUCUCGUUGGUAAAGAUGGCCGAGAGCACAUCAUAGAAGUCAACGAUAGCGCGCUCUCCUUGAUGGGAGACUCUCAGGAAGAAGAUCGUCGUCAUAUCGCUGAUUUGGUUACCGCCAAGAUGCAAGCUUGUUGCCGACCACCCACCAGCGUUUUAACGAAAACAGCCUCGAGAGGUUCUAUGUCCGGUUCGAGCCAGGCUACGAGUCCCGUGGAAGAUUCACGUACCGCACCCCCAAGCGUACCUCCUCCAGCCGCACCUCUAGGAUCUCACGGAAGUAUGAGCUCUAUGGCAAGCAUAGGUAGCUUAGGUUCUACGACGGCCUUGGCAGGCGACGUUACUACUUCGGACAGUCAUCAUCAGCUUCAACGUCGUGAUUCUCAAGCAUCUCAAUCGAGCACGGUCAGUAGCGCGCCAUCGGUCGGUCGAAGACCAGAGGAACCACCGACGGUACCAUCCAGAGUACCGUUUCAUCGUCAGGGUAGUCAGUCUCAGAAUCAAGGAGAAGACACGGAGGAUACGAUGAAGAAUCUUCGAAAAACCUUCGCUGGUAUAUUCGGUGAUAUGUAAUUCGUUGAAUCGGUCGACCAACGUGAAGGAAAAAAUCGAAGAAAAUCUAAUUAGGAAUGCGAGUCCAUGUAAUUGAUCCUUUUCAAGUCUGAAAAAUACCGUCUUGUUUAAGGGACUUGUUUUCUUUUAACGAUACGGUUUAUAACGUCGACAUUGAAGCGACUCGACGAUCUUCUAAGUAUUCCCUAGUCAAAGUAGUCUCGCAUCGAUGUGUAAAUAUCUAUAUAUUUGCAGAUUUUUCGUUAACUUAUAUGUACGCAAUUCCAACGCGAUUCAUAGAUUAGAAGAAUCUUUGAAAAGUAACGCUUACCAGUAGUCGAUAUAUUUGGUAUAGAAAAUCGCUAUUUCUCGAUUUUAUGCUGAUAGAGAUUCGCGCAUCUAUGCACUCGAUAAUAUCCUUAUAUUAUUUUUCAAGACAACAUUGAUAAAAGUGAUCGAACAACGAAUAAUUUUUUUUACGAUUUAAUCCAUGUCCGGUACUUUUAUUUAAAGUAGAUCUGAAUUGUUUUAUAAAUUAAUGCGAGAGUCGCCUGUCGUCCAAACAAAAUUUCAAGAUAUUUGUCAACAGUAUACUUUGGCAUUUGAUAUUUUAAGCGCACAAUUAGUUUGUAAGCUUUCGAAAAAAAAGCAUUUUAACGUUACGAUGCCUUUAAAACUACGAUGAACAGCAUAUAUACGUACGAAUAUACAUGUAUGUAUACGCACCUACCCACACACACACACACACACACACACACACACACACACACACACUCACUCGCGAAUGAGGUGCUUGGCCGUUGAUGUCGAAUUAGAAAAGAUUUUUAGAUCGGAGAACGUUGGAAGAGAUUAAGAUCAAAUCCAUUUUCUAAAAGUGUCUAUUAUCUUACCGUCGACGAGCAGUCUGCGAAUAUAUAAAUGUUUAUGCAAAUUCAAGACUCGUUAUUCAUUAUCUUGCUCGAUGCGAUAAUUAAUAUAUCUUUGUUUAUUAUAUCAGAAUGAAAUCGCGAAUUCGUGUCUUCAACUUAAGUUAUCACGACGAACAAGAGAGUGUAUUUCGACGUUGACAAAAUAUCGUGGCUCUUAUCAAACUUAUUUUUUUCUCAUCAAAAAUUCCUUUUCUCUUUUACCGUUAUCACAAUCGAAAUGAAAUUAUUUUCAUUUGUUUUAUGCAUUUCAACGUGCCUUUUGACAACAUUAAAGUGUCCUUUAUAUUAAUAUUCAUCAAGACGCUAACGACGUAAACGAUCGAUGGAAACUUCAAAAUUAUAUCAAUACGAUACUUGUAAUAAAUCUACCAUGUCCAUGAAAAAAAUUUCAAAAGAAAUGGAAAAUUUACGGAUAACCAUCGAUUAUCCAACGUAAUAUCAUAAUUAAUCAUUUUUGGAUACCGUCCAACGAAAGGAAACAUUUCUCAAUUUCGUUAAAACAUAUGUAAAAGUUUUACGUCUAAACUCGCACAAAUAAAUAUAAAGGAACAUUCAGUUUUCUUGACUUGCAUUAAUAUCUUUGAGAAAGUAAAAUUUUGUAAAUUCUUUGAAAAAUAAAUUAUUCUUCUUCUCAAUGAUCGACAGAUCAAAAGAUAAACCAUCGUAUUCAAGAAUCUAAUAAAACGUGAGAAUAAAUAUUUAUAUAAAGUUAUUUCUCGCAGGAGAGAAUCAGGAUGGAAGAAUGGCGAAAACGACCAACGGCACUAACAACGGUGAUCCCUUUCAAAAUAUCCAGUCGUAAAUAUCCUUUAGAAUUUCUGAUCAAACAUUAUGUUAAUUGUAAAUAAUUAAAGAGAAAUAGAUUGGAGCCACGAUAUUGUGCGGAGCGAAUCGAUAUUGAGGAGGAUGGUGACGAUAGAGCGCCAAUUAAUAAAGACAAAGAAUACCUCAGGGGUGCGAACGCAAGCGAGUAGAUGAUAACAUAGAAAAUUAGGAGAGACGUCUGUACUGGUAUGCAGAAAAAGAAGGAAAACAAACGUAGAGAGACUAGUAUCGUAUUAGGCGAAUUUCUCUCGACUGAAAAAUGUAGAAACGAUUACUUUAAAAAUAGUUUCCCGUUCGUUCGCAAAGAGCUAGACUCUGUACCACAUUCCUAUGGUCGCAAUUGAUAGUAUUUAGUUAAACGUAACGAUUUUUUUCAAUCACUUCCUUUAUAACCUUUGUACGUAACUCGUCUAUUCUAUAAACCUUAUUACAUUUUACACGUAUUGUCUAAUACCAUUAUGGUUUCAUAUUUUUAUACUAUUUCUUAUCUCUCGCAAAUAUGCGAGAAGAUGCGAUAUUUGAUGGAAUCGUUUUUAAGAAAUAUUUAUCAAAGAGAAAAAAUUAUCGAUAUACUUCCGAGUAAUUUAUUCGUAUUGCGUUUGAAAGAGCUGACUAAUUAUUGUAUAAGAAGCAUCCAAAAUUAUUAUUGGAAAGAGUCGUUUCCUCAGAAUAUUACCGUUCGAUUAUCAUGUAGUAUUGCGAGCAGUAACGAUAAUAUCCUCGAUAUAAAAUUCCUCUUGAUUAUUAUUCUCAUACCUUUGAACGAAGUAAUAACAAUACUAGCAAUAUAUCGAUAGUUUAGAAAAACCCUUUGUUGCACGAAGGUAACCGACAAACCUUCCACUAGUGAAUGCGUCUUCGUUGUUGCGCCUUUUGAGCAAAUUACACGUACACAAAUAUUAUCAACAAGAAUAUCGUUUCGUUUGAUGGUGUAUCAAAAAAGAAAAGCCAAAAAAAAAACAAAAAAAAAACAAAGAAAAAAAAAGAAACAAGAAAGCAGAGAAUAAUGGCGAUCUCUUCUGUAAAAAGAGGAAAGUCGUUGUGAAAUAAAAAAAAAACGUACCUACGUGUAUUUUCAAUAUACAUAUAUUUCGUAGCCGUGAUUAGCAAGGCACAGGUUAGAAAAGAAGAAAAGAAAAAGAAAAAAGACAAAAGAAAAUGUUAAAAGUUCGAGUGCGUGAUUGAAGCUUCGAAUUUGUCUUAUAACGUUUAUUCGUCGUUUUAGAUAAUUAGACGAAAAGAAAGACAAAGUGAAACUUAAACUGCGUAUACCCUCCUCUCCUCCCAUUGCCCGUACUAAUCGAGCGUUCGUUUCAUUCUAAUCGAGGAGAAAUCUUUUACGUACGGCAUAUCGGUUUGGCGGGUCAAGUAUAUCGACGGUUGCUGCCAGUUCAGUGCCUCCAACGUGUUUUAUUUUUCGUUCAUUUUCGACGAGAGAGAGAGAGAGAGAGAGAGAGAGAGAGAGAGAGAGAGAGAGAGAGAGAAAGCGAGCGAGUGAGAAAGAGGUGGGAGGGAAGGGAGAGAAAGAAAAGAGAGAAUUACGAAAACAUUGCGAAAGAGAAAGGACUGAUCGUCUAGACCGUCCGCAUCUUUAUAAAAAGAACACAUUUUUAUCGGUAAAUGUAAAAGCUUCUUUAUCAACGAACCAAAGAGACAAGUAAAAGAACAAAUUAUUUAAUCAGGGAACGUAACACCAGUAUUUAAUUAUCGCAUUAACCAAAAGAGACGUUUGCAUUCUAAAACGAAGACAAAUAAACGCUAUUAUCGUGCGUUAAUCAAGAUUGCUAUCGAGAGUGCAAAUCAAUGAAUCAGAAUGACCCGGGAGAUUAUUGUUUGGAAAAGAAGCAGUGUUAACAACGAAAAUCAUCGAUAUCAAAGAAUGAAAUAACAAGUAUAAUUCUGUUUGGGAAAAAAGAGAAAGCGUAUUAACAUCCUAGGAUUAAUAAAUUGGAAAAGGAGCCAACGAGAGUACGCAUUAUUGAUUUAGUCUCGAUUAAGCGAAAGCUCGUUAACACGAUAAAUACUCAAACUCUGUGUAAUAGAAACUCUUUUAAAAUACAUAAAAUAAAGUAAACGUUAAAUUAAACGAUUAAAAAAAAAAAUAUGUCAAGUUAUAAAUCUCUAGCGUUAGACGUUGUCGACGGCGAAGUACAAAGUUGUCCGACAUGCGUAACAACCUUGAUUUCAAUGCGUGCUAGCCACAUGUAUAAUAAUCACACACGAGAAUACACACAGAAUUUUGAAAAAAUAAUAUAUAUAUAUAUAUAUAUAUAUAAAUAUAUAUAAGUAAAUAUAUGAUUAUAAAGUAAUAUGAAAAUGAUAAUAUAAUGCUGCAUAAACGUUAACGAUUAUUAUCUUCGAAUACAUCUCGAUGUUACUCAUUCGAUAAUACAAAAUAUAAUAAUUGAUAAUCAGCCUAUCGUGCCGAGGAAAGAUGAGAGAAAAUAAAGACCGACGUUGAUUAACGUUUUAAGGGUCUAAGAAAGACACAGGUCUAAUUAAAACUACAUAUUUAUAUAAUAUGUAUAUAUGUACAUAUGAGUACAUAUAUACAUAUAUACAUAUAUAUAAUGUAUAGAGGAAGAAGAAUAAGUGGUAUGUGAAAGCGCGGUUGAAAAUUUUGAAUAAAAAUGGGGAACGAUCGAAUGGUCAGGAAAUUUCGAAAAAAUCGAAUCGAAAAGACGAAUCUCGAACGCUUUCUUUGAUGCGCGAUAAGGAUUAUAUCGUCGAAAAGAAGUAUAAAGGGGAAAGGGAAAGGUAGAAGGAAAAGCGAUUAACAUCCUAAGAUUAAUAAAUCGGAUCGAUUGGAUGAUCGAUGAUCAACGAAGAUCAGAACCAAGGACGGUCCAACUUCCUAGAGAAUUAAGUCCUCAUAAUUUACAUUAGAUGAACGACAAUAUAAAAUCGUGCGGCUCAACGACGAUGUGCAUUAGCGUAUAGGGAGAAUGACUGGGAUGUUUUUUUUUCGUUCAUCCUUUCGUUAUCGUCGAAUUGCGUUUCUCAGAUUUAUGAACGCUGUUUUUACUCAAGGAAGGAGAAGAGAGAAAGAAAAACGAUGUAAACAAAGAAAGUGAUAGGAUAUUGAUUUUGGAAGGAAAUAAAACAGCAUCCGUAGGAGGAUCGUACGCGUAUAUAUUUUGAUUUGUUUUUUUUUUCCUACGCACAGGAUGCGAUUUGUUAUCAUUAUAAAGCACUAAACAUUAAAUGAACGCAAAAGGAAAUAUAGACAAUGUAUACUAGAAGUUAAAGAGCGUGCGACAAAGAGAAAAAAUUAAAAGGCGUGUUCUAUUUGUCAUCGUUAAUUGUUAAAUAUUAUUCGACUUUCGAUUCGAGCGUUGGUUAUUAUAAAUCUUACAAUUUAAUAAAAUUACCUAUAUCCCAGAUGUCAACAGGAAGAACGAUAAAAGGCGUGCAGUAGAGACGAGAUAUAUGAGAGAUUGUAUAAAAUUAUAGGUAAAAAAAAAAAGGGAAAAAAAAAAAGAAGACAUUUAUAUAUAUAUAUAUACAUAGAGUAGGAAUGUGAAGUAUGCGUUAUUAAUACAUAAUGGCUAGAUAUUCUGACUCGGUACUACGUGCUCGUUGUCGGUCGAUUUUUAUUUAUUAAUUUAUUUCAUUGUUCGCGGACGUUCUCCUUAAAUUAUCCGUCACAAUUUUUCUCCCAAACGUUCGUUUAUAACGAAAGAUAAUUAAUUCAUUAGAACAACGUAAAGGAAGGAAAGACGAUUGCCAGCGAGCACAGGAUUAGCUAUUAUGACCUUCAAUAAAGAAUAUCAUUGCUAUAAUGAAAUGUUUGACGAAGAUUCAUUUGGAAGCAAUUUCUUUUGGCGGUGUCAAUUUUCUUGAAAUUUGUAUAAUUUCUCUUUGUUCGCUUCUCACAUUCAAACGUUUCAUUAUUUACAUCAAUGAUUUCGUCUAACAUCAAGCGAUCUUUCGAACACCGGUUAUCGAGCAUUAUUACUUUCAUCGAUUAACUGUUAACCACGAUAGAAUUAUGAAGUAUCCCGCAAAGCGUUUCCUAAUCUUUACGAUUGUUACUGGAAAAUGUGUUAAAGCGAUAGAUGAAUGUCCAUUGUGUUAUGUAGGUACAUAUAAUAUACACAUGUUGCGUUGUCAUUGAA